AUGACUCCUGCGCGCGGCAGAACAAAGGCGCGCUUUUGGGUUGGCGACGAGGAAAUGGCCAAAAAGGACGACGAUCAUCAUAUCCAUGGACACAACCCCAGACUCCCUCAAUGGCAAGCGACACGUGCGCCCCGUCGUCGCGCCCUCGGUCGCCUUGUCGCCUACUUCGUCUUCGCCUCGCUCAUAUUCUACGUCGUUUACAACCUAAUAUUAUCACCGUCCAACAGUGUGACGGACCGCAGACAGCCUGCGACAAACCGCGAGUCGGUGCCGGGCCAAGGCGCCAAAGGAGGACAGGAUAAGGCCUACAAUGGACCCCUCAGGUUUCCAGAGCUGGCCAAGACAUUGCGCAAUAUCCAAGGAACCGGAGGCAGCUACGAGAGAAAUAGGAAUGUCUUGUUUGCUGCUUCUAACCUCAAGAGUGUCUCUACACUGCUCCCCAUGGCAUGUCAGAUGUCGGCGCAAGACAUGAACCAUGUUCACUUUGCUAUCGCCGGCAGUAGUGAGGUGCCGCUUAAGGAGCUGCUCCAGAUCAACGGCAUCGACGAUAGCUGCAAGCUGUUUCUUCACGAUGCCCGCACCGACCAUGCUGCCACGUCUACUGAGACAAGGUUGAAACUCGCUACUAUCCGCUCGUUUUUUUACAUCAAUAACUUUAUGCACCCUCAGGCCAUCAUCGUUGAUGGUUCACACCUUGAAGAUGACUUUUUCCUACACGCUAUUCGAGAUCAAGUGAUGGCCACAAAGUCGGCCCUCAUAGAACUCCCCGAUAAGCCCGAGACUCGUUUCUCUUGGAUCUCAAAGCUAGACGCUUCGUCCCUGUCUGCGUGGAACAAGGUGCAUUUUGAUAUCCUCAUCCAAGCACCCCCUCUUGGCACAGCCAACCUACAAAGGCUUCUUACUUCUCUUCGAAAUGCGGACAAGAGCCCCAUAUCUAUUCCUCAUCUUACCAUUGAGCUGCCCUCGGUUGUUGAGCAGCCUCUUGAAAAGUUCUUGUCUGGCUUCCAGUGGCCCUUGAGAUCAUCGGGUCAACUGCCCCAGUCGCAGAUGAUCUCACUCCGCCAUCGGAUCCCCUCUCAUCAGAUUGAUGAAGAGGAGAGCUCGGUGAGAUUCCUAGAAUCAUUCUGGCCGGGAAACCCUUCACAUAACCAUGUACUUGUGUUGGCACCUCACACUGAGGUGUCGUCCCAAUUCUUUCACUAUGUCAAAUACACCAUGCUGCACAGCUUCUACUCUCGCGCCUCUAUUCUCCAUGACUGGACUGAUAAUAUCAUGGGCAUUAGUCUCCAGUCCCGCGACACUCUUCUUGACGACACCACCCCCCUAACAGCCCCCAAGACUACCGACGACUCAGAUAGCGACAACCCUUUCUUCUGGCAAGCACCAACCAGCGAUGCCAUUCUCAUCUUGGGAGCCAAGUGGGUUGAGCUCCAUGGUUACGUGUCGCGGAUUCUGGAGAGGCAGCAAACGAAGACAGACACACCAGCCUUUUUGGCCAAGAAGCACACCACCAAGAAGCACCCAGCAUGGCUGGAGUAUGUGCUUCAGCUAUCACGCCUCCGAGGCUACUUGACACUCUACCCCAGCCCGGAGACGGCCAACGUCAUCCUCGGAGCCCACAGCGACUUGAGUAACGUCCCAGAGGAGUACUUGGGCGAUGAAGAGGAAGACGGGGGCAAGGGAAGAGCAGACAAGGCUACUUCCACCUUUGAUUCCACAUCUCAGAUAAACAUGCUUGCUACACUGCCUGGAAAGGGAGAACUACCGGCGUUGGAGGACGUGCCGCUUGUUUCAUGGGAUGGCAAGACAUUGACGUUUGCCGAGAUGGAAUCAAGUUCAAGGACACUCACGCGUCUUUUCCGCCAAGAAGUCGGCGGAUGCUCAGAGAGCGAGUCAGAUGAGGAGGAUGACUAUGGAAUGCCACGGCGUGACAAGGACGCAGGUGAUCUAUUUUGUAAUACGGCUGGAUCAACCAGCGAGGCAGCACCAGGCACCAGCAGAGGCGGCGCCUGCGGAAAAGCUGGUCAAGGAUGA